AGCCAUAACGCACUGAAACAAAGCUACGUAAAUGGAUUCACGCAGAUAAUUUAUCCAGUGCAUUCUGGAUGGACAUUUAGCUCAUGUACUUGAGAAUUAAGAGAGAGUAUACGGUUUUGAUCGCAGUGUUGUGCUCUUAUCUAAUGACUGGUGACAGAUUCACCGCAGCGGCAUCAAAACACAUGACAGCCCAUCAUGCGGAGCGUCCCGAUCAGCUGCUCGUUUUCUGGCAUCAUUAAAGACCAAGGUUUUGCAGGUUUGCUGUAGAGUGCAGAGAAUGAUGAUGAGGAUGGUGAGGAGGAAGAGGAAGUAUUCCAGAUGCCGACGCAGCAGUGGGCAGUCAUUUCAUCGCUGAUUCCUGCGCUGAAAGGGUGAACUUUUUUUUGACUGACCAGUUCUCAAUCUCAGCAGUGAGACCUCAUGGACCACAGAGCUCCGAGAGACAAGAGCAGGGCCAGCUAUUUUGGAAAUGUUAAAAAUAGACUGGGAUCAAAGCUUCCAGCUGGAAUUUCACAGACUCCAGGCUUCAUUUCUGCUCAGUGCUCCAUUGGCACUCCGGGUGCGAUGGGGAGAAAUGUUGGACAGGAGGGCAUCAAAGGACAUCACCAAAUCCGAAACCCCAAGCUAAGACAAUACUAUCUGAAGGAGGCGGCGUUUCCAGCUAAAGAUCCAACAAUGAAGACUUUGGCGUUAUGCACAAACAAUGGAGAUGGAUUACCCAAGAAAAAGGCAUGGACUUCUUCGCCGACAGCUUCUGUCCCAAGCCUCAAUCCCUCGUUGGACACUGGUGUGGUGGGAACAGCAACUCUUUUGUCUCCCUCCACAGAUGCAGAAUAUGACAAGCUGACGGAUGUGGAGGCGGUUCCAUUACCUGAUGGAAAUGUGUGUUUAUUGGCUCUUCCAUCUGAAUGCUCUCAAGGGGAGGAUCCAGCCGGCUUGUCUUGCCUCAAGCUUUUCUCUCGUUACAUCACAGACAGAAAGGGGGUGGUGUCUGGAAUACUGCUGGUGACGUCCAGUAAGAUUUUCUUCGACCCUCAGAAGUCUCACCCACUGGUUCAGGAGAACGGCUGUGAGGAAUAUGUGUUCUCCUGCUCUGUGGAUGAUCUUGCCUCGGUGUCCUUCUACACGGACAUCUCUCAUGUUUACUUCAGCAAGACCACAUACAGAUGUAAGAGUUCUAAGACAUCAAAGAGCAAAACACAAAGCAACAAGAAACCCCACCAGUCAGCAUUAGAGGACAUACCUGCUCCUGAUUCACAUGAUUCCACAGCACCUUCGAGUGUGAAUGCUGAAGUAGAGGAUGAGGAAUGUGGAGAGACUGAAGACAUGGCUGAAGCUGAAAGACAGAUGACUCUGCAGUCUGGAGGAAUGCUAACUGCGGCUGCUUCUUUCUGCUGUGGAGGACCAGACAGCGUCCAGAGAGGAAACAACCCAUUUGAACACGCACACAAAACCCAACAGCAGUCAUAUUGGGAAAGACACUUAUUAGAUCCUUGCACUUCAACAUCAAGUAGUGGCAUAAGCGGAUCUCUGAUGUUUGUGAGAAUUCGACAGAAACUGCAGCAUGGGAAGAAAAGGGCUUUUUCUAAAUCUAAAAUUCCCUCUAGAGACGCCUGGUUCACUAUGCAGCAGGAAAGGUCAGAUGAGUUGUACGCUUACCUGAGUCAACAUCGGCCUGACCUGUGCAUCCUGGAGGGAGGUGAGGAGGACGAGGCAGAGCGUGAUGAAGAGGAUUUUGUGCUUCUGGAUGAAGAGGAGCAGGAAGGAGAAGAGGAGUCCCCACGAGAAGGCCAUGCCGGAGAGGACUGGGAGAUGGUGUCAGCGGAGGAGAGUGCUCUGAAAGCUCCAGGCUCUACUGAACCAGAUAGUUUGAGUUACAUACUGAGCCAGAGUGUCAUACUGGACGCCCAACAAGUUCGAGAGAUCUCCAGAGAGCUUCCUCCACGUACGAUUGGAUACACAUGGCAGCUGUCGUACAGCACAGACAAACACGGGGCCAGCCUCAAGACUCUUUACAGGAAACUCAGCACCACUGACUCACCUGUGCUGAUUCUCAUCAAGGACCACAACCAGCAGGUUUUUGGGAGCUUUCUCUCACACCCGCUGCAUCCUAGUGAUGCAUUUUAUGGUACUGGAGAGACCUUCCUGUUCCUGUCUCACCCACGCUUUAAGUGUUUCAAAUGGACUGGUGAAAACUCCUUUUUCAUCAAAGGAGAUUUGGACUCUUUUGCUAUUGGAGGAGGAAGUGGUCAUUUCGGUCUUUGGGUGGAUGAGAGGUUGUUUUUGGGCAGGAGCAGCCCUUGUUUCACCUUCAACAACUGCAGUCUGUCGGAGACCAACGAUUUCACCAUUCUGGACCUGGAAGCUUGGACAUUCGGCUGACAGAACAAACAUUGUAAAUAAUCCAAAACAUCUUGAUUUAGCGGAAAAUAUGGCCAUUAUUCAUGAGUUUACUGACACUGGUAAAAAAGAAGGGAAUGAGACACUGCAAAAUGUGAAGUCAAGGGAAGAGUUUUGCAUUGAAUGAAAGCUCACCCAUCGUGUUUACUACCAUCAUGAAGAAGAAAAGACUGUUUUGUCUUGUGAUUAAGAUGCAUUUGAGUUCAGUUCAGGAUUGGAGAAAGUGCACCUCAUCGUACAAGAAAUACAUUUGGGGCUGAAUGAAGGACUCAAAUAACAUUACCUGAACGGUACAUUUCUAACAUUGAAGUUGAUGAAGAAUCCCAUUUUGUUACAGUGUGAAUACUGUCAAUUUUUGUUUAAAUCUGUUAUCGUAGAACUCUAAACUUGACUUAAAAAGGAUAGUUCACACAAACAUCUCAAUAUACUACUUUCUAACCCUCAAGUGGCUCCAAUAUGAGUUCUCUAAUUUUGUUGAACACUAAAAAAUAUGUUGAAGAAAGCUGAAAACCUUUCCUCAAAAUAUCUUCUUUCGUGUUCAACAGAAAGAGUGAAGGGUGAGUGAAUUGACAGAAUUUCACUUUUGGGUAAACUAUCCCUUUAACACCGCUGAUUAUAGUCUUUUGUGCUGUUAGUAAGCAGGUCAUUGGAUGUACACACUGGUUUAGCCGUUAGUUUAAAGCCACAGCUGCACUUUUACACAUGGAAAAGUUUUCGCAUCACUCAAGCCAAAACAAAACCAAGACUGAAAUGACUUUGGGCUGAAUACCACAAGCAUAAACUCUCAGACAAACCUCAGUUGCAUGUUUUAUGUCUUGAGAGGCAUUCGGCGUCACAAUCCUUUCUUAGACAUUCACAAAAAGUCUUAAAAAUCUCUGUAGAUGGAUGAUUACUGACCUGUAGGAAACCUUCUUUCUGUAAAUAACUCUUAAAUGUAAUAACAUCAGUUCACAAAGAUGUCUGUGCAAAAACAAUAGCUCUGCAAAUGUUAAAUAAGAGUCAUACAAACCAACGCAAUAUUUAUACAUGUGAAAAUGCAAUCACUCAGUACUGGAAGUGUUCAUUAACUCGUUGCCUAAUAAAACAGAUUAACACUUA